AUGCAAGAACCCAAAGUCGUCAGCUCUGCUAGCUCAGGGGUCACCAAGACUGUCCAACAUCAUGUGGACUUCGACGGUCCCAAUGAUCCCCUCAAUCCACUCAAUUGGCCGAAAAAUAAGAAGGUGUAUAUCUGCGCCAUCUUGGGUCUCAGCACGAUGAUUGUGGCCUUUGCCAGUAGUAUAUUCGCCCCGGCCAUACCAGUCGUGAUGCUUCUUCAUGGUGUCAGCAAGGAAGUAGCCACGCUGGGGGUUUCCUUGUAUGUCUUUGGGUUUGCCUUUGGUCCUUUGGUCUUCGGUCCCUUUUCAGAGCUCAAGGGACGAUAUGUCCCUCUCGUUUUGUCGAUGUUCGGUUUCACGAUAUUCUCAUUCGCCACCGCCGUCUCCAAAGAUAUCCAAUCGUUGUUCAUUCUGCGAUUCUUCACCGGAUUCUUUGGGUCCGGUCCCCUUACGCUAGCCGGUCCAGCCUUUGCCGAUAUGUUCUCGCCCCAGCAACGUGGUGUCCCCAUUGUGAUGUUCUGCCUGAUGGUGUUCAUCGGCCCUCUGGUUGGUCCCUUCACAGGGGGCUUCAUCAUCAUGAAUCAUUCUCUAGGUUGGCGCUGGACAGCAUACAUCCCCGGAAUUCUCGGAGCCGCCGCUCUCGUCGUCCUGACUCUGCUCCUCGAGGAAACGUUCCAGCCCGUCAUCCUGACCCGGAAAGCUGAGCGUCUGCGCCGGGAAACGGGUGACUGGUCCCUCCACUCCGAGCAAGAGGAAAUCCAUCUCGACUUCCGGUCCAUCGUCCGAGACAACUUGAGCUUGCCCCUAAAGAUGCUGGUCCAGGAACCAAUUGUCCUGUGCAUGUGCAUCUUCGGUGCCUUUGUCUACGGUCUCCUCUACCUCUUCCUCACUGCCUACCCGUACGUCUUCCAGAUCACCCGUGGAAUGAACCCAGGAGUUGGCGGGCUGCCCUACAUCGGUGUGAUUAUUGGAACGCUCUUUGGCGCUGCUGCCACCGCUGCCACCCAGCCUUGGGUGCUGCGAAAGUUGAAGCAGAACAACGGUGAGAUGAUGCCUGAAUGGCGUCUUCCGGUUGCUAUUCCUGGUGCCGUUCUGUUUACUGGCGGGCUGUUCUGGUUGGGAUGGUCUGGGUAUAAGGGCAGCAUUCACUGGAUUGUCCCGACGGCAUCCGGGCUCUUAACGGGCUUCGGAUUGCUCACGAUGUUUCUGCCUUCGUUGGCGUAUCUCGUAGAAGCCAGUGGUGACAAGUCCGCAUCAGCCAUCGCAGCACAUACAUUCCUGCGAUCAGCAGCCGGAGGCGCAUUCCCGUUGUUUGCAACCCAAAUGUUCGACGGGCUCGGAGUAGAGUGGGCAUGCACCCUUCUUGGCUGUGUCGGCGCCCUGCUCAUCCCUAUCCCCCUCCUCCUGUACAUCUUCGGCGCUCGGAUCCGAGCCAGAAGCGGGCUUUCAGCAUAG